AUGGUCUCCGAGCUGCGAAGCAAGGACAUGGAAAGAGGUCAGCUGGAGAUGCGAGCGGAACACGAGAAGCAACUGAUAGCCCUCGAGCGCCGCUUUUCCAAGCAGCUGGCAGAGGCUCGCCAGACCUCCGAGAUCUCCUUGGAAAGCUUGCGGAAGGGCUACGAGCAAGAGGUGGAGACCCUGAAGAACGAGAAGAUGAAGCUUUCUGAGCGUCUGAAGGAGGCGGAGUGCCAGCUGCAGCUGGCAAGGGGCGAAGUUCAGGCGCAAGCGUCGCAGCUUCGCCAGGCAGAGGCGACACACAGGCAGUCUCAGCUCGUCUUCGCCUUCCUCGAGAAAUGUUCAGAUCAUGGAGGCAAAGACGUCGAUGAUCUUCGCGACGAGCUGCGCUCUUUCGUUGCGAAGUCUCCGUGA